AUGACCAUACAAGCAAGUGAAAGUCUGAAAGGUGAUGAUGCUUUUGAAGUCGGCUAUCAAAGUACACAGUGCCCACCAAUAAUUCAAACCAAAAAAGUCACUCCAUUGGACUUUAUUGAAAUUAAGGAAGCAAAUGGUGAUUCGGGAACUUCAACUAGCUGCCAAGUGGAGGCUGCAUACUCGAAGAAGGUAUUAUUCAGUGCUCCAGCCAGCCAUAACAAAGCUUCAAAUGGAAAUGUUGACAAAGUGGAUCAGUUGAGGAAGGCUAAUUGGCACCAGCUAUCUGUUCUUGAUUUACUCGGUGAUGACGGACCUGAUAGCAAUUUCGGGGGGAGUUUAGAACAUGAAGCUCAUGUUGCAUUUUCAGUUGAAGGUUUGGGCAAAGUGGAAACUGAAACACCUGUUCAUUCUCCGGAGCAACUUGGCAGAUCCUUUUCCUAUGAUUGCUCCCGCCCAGCAAAAGCUACAAGGCGAACUUACUCAUCCAAGAACCUUAAUAGUGGGCUGAAUGACCUUGAAUCUGAAGUGGUGAGAGCAUAG